UUUUGUAAGCAUGUGUGCAAUCGCUCGCGUUCGCUCUGUUCGCUACACCAUGAAUUAAGCCAAUCACGGCUGGCAUGCACAAGCAGCAGUGUGGGCGACUGCCGAAGAGUCGAAGCAAAGCCCGCGCGGACAAACCAGACAUCUAAAGGCGCGUCAGGCGAAUGUAAAAAAAGUUAAUGCCGUCUUUCAAGCACGCACGCCACAGCUGGCGGAGGGCUCCAGAAACUCCUGCGUGUGCACAGGGCUCGUGGUCGGUUCGUGAAUGCGUCGGAUGCUCUGGCCCUUCUGUGCUUGUCAGCGGUAAGAGGUCAGGUCAAACCCAGAUGCGCUGCUAAUCUGCGAGCCUCUGGCAUCACCUCCCUGCAACCACAACGCACAGCCUAGAGCGAGGCCGGUAUCCAAUGCAAUAAGGCAGCCCUUGAAAAAGCGUGGCGCGGAAAACUGCACACGUCAUGCGAUGCGGCUUGAAGAUCAGACAUUUGUAGACUACACAAAGUUACGCAUGUUCUCGAGAAUCAGAGGGUCCGGACCCCACGGACUACCGCGAGCAGCGCCCAGAUGAAGUCGCCGAUGCGCAUCUCAGAUCACAGCCCACAGGCUUUGCGAACAAUACCUCGCCCGCCUGUUCUGGCACCACGCAUCCUGCAAUCGCUGACACCCUCGCUGCCAGUAUCGUCCUCUGUUCCUUUCCGUUCCUUUCCCGCCGCCUUGGAAGCAAGGGCGAACCACUGUUCCUCCAGGCCGCGCGGGAAGAUCAGCGUGUCUGGAACGGCACGCAGGCCUUCGCCCGGGCCUCGAUGAGCCUCAGCGACUCCUCGAGCUCGCUGGCCAGCUUCGCCUCCACGACCUGGCAGGGGUGGCAAAGCAUCCCCCGGCCGUCGGGGCAGUUGAAGUAACGCCUGCCGAACACGGCGCCGUCAUGCUCGCCGGCCCUGUGCAGCAGUUCAACGCCCACCCAGAGGCCGUCCGCAAAGUCGGCGGGGCCCAGGUACCGCACGACGCCCUCGUGCCUGCCGCUCACCACCACCACCUGCCCGACCGCCAGGCCACCUCGCUCGCCUGGCACGUUUUCGACGGUGGCUGCGGGCGCCUCGCUCGUGGCCACACGACCGCCGGGAUGACGGCGACCGGCUGCGCCGCCCUCACCGCGGGCGCCCUCCUCUCCAUGACCUCCCGGAAGGCCUCCCGCUCUGCCUCGUCCGGGGUCGGGACCCUGUUCCCCGCGGCGCGGGCAAGAGCGCGCGAGGCGAAGGCGAGCAGGCGCCAGCGAGCGAGGCGACAGUGACUCUGGACCUCAUGGGACCGCCGCGAGCGUCGCCGCCAACGAAGCGACCGCCGCCGCGCGGGCGAUCCUGAGGGGCCGCGCGCAGCCCUGGCGGCGCGCGGCCGCCCGCCCUCGGAGGUAUGUGCCAGACCAGCUUGAUGCACGCCGCCGCGGGUGUGCUGGUAGGCGCGGAAGCGUGCAUUGAUCUGGCCUGGUGCACAGCUGGCAUCGCCCAGAGAAACCGACGUGCGGGCGUUGCAUCGGCGGGGCGUGAGAAGACAUCAUCUUCUCACCAACGGAGAUCGGGCGACCGGCGUUCGGGCAAGCGCGGACGCACCUCCAGGAGGUCUCGAGCCGCAAAACGUCU